CGCUUCACCACUUCUGCCUGCCAAAACAUGCAGUUCGGCUACUCGUCCACGGUCCAGAAACCGAGGUCCGCAAUAAAGCGGCCACGGAAAUCUACAAUCUGCAAGACCUGCGCUACCCGCCGCGUUAAAUGUGACAGAGAAAAGCCUUGCGGUAACUGCAAGCUCCGGGGCCAUCUCUGCGUCUAUCCCUUCGAGACUGCACCGGCCGCCUCAUCAUCAUCCGCUGACGGCCCUUCCACCGCCGCUGGCGCUGCUGCUCCUGACAUCUCCGCAUCGUCCGCUCCAUCAAUCGAUCCGACAAUCGGCUCCUCCUCUUUACCUUCUGCUGUCGAUGCUGAUGUCGAUAUCUCGAGCUCGGCCCCACAGCAGCCGAGUUCCACCUUCUGGCCCCCCUUCUUCAACGAUAACAAUAUUGACCCGAUCGACAGCGUGACAGCCGCCUUUGCCGUCGCCGAUCUCGAUCCUACCGCAGCCCGCCUACAGCGUGCGCGCCUGAUCUCGCAAAAUCUGCCGCCGAGAUCAGAAUGCGACUCGCUCGUCACGGACUUCUUCGACUGGGUCUACCCCAUCUGCGCUCUGAUGUCCCGAACUCGUCUCUGGGAAAUUUACCACGAAUUCUGGACUUCCGGUGAUACUGACAACUCGAGUAAUUUCAUCAUCAUCUUCGCUAUUCUAUACGGUGCCUCUGUAUCGCGCAACAGCAAGCUCAAAUUCAGCGCCGCCCGACACGGAAAAAUUCUACCGGAUGACCCUUGCAGAGUACAAGUCGCUCGGUUCCAGGCGGCAACUGAGUCUGCGCUUCGCAUCGUGGACUUUCAAGCGCGGCCGACGCUCAUGGGUCUGGUCGCUGCCACAAUGUUCCAGAUUUGCCGUCGCAGUCAGACCGUGGCCGACGCGUCGGCCUCAGUCUCGACCUUACUUCGUAUCGCGCAAACAAUGGGUCUGCACCGCGAUCCUUCAAUGUUCAGGUCCAACCGGAUCUCGGUCGAGGACGCUGAACUAAGACGGCGCGUGUGGUGGCAUUUGGUCUAUCUUGACGGCGUACUCUCAACCGGCAACGGCCUGCCGGUAUCGGUCCAAAGAUCCGCCUACGACGUCGUCUUCGUGUCUUACGACAGCGACAACAUGCUUGACGAAGACAAGCUUUUAAUCAUGCUUGGAAACUGUCUCGCAUAUAACAGUCAUGUACUUGCUCCUCAGUUUGCUGAUAUCUUGGGUGCUCGCGGAUUUACCUUCGAAGCGAUUAAGACUCUCGGCACCUCUCUCAUGUCCGUCAAGGCCUUCUACGCCGACACUAUCCGAAAAAUUAAUGCGCUCACGUUCGACACUCAUUCGCCCUACAUCAUCCCGGAAAAACUGUUUCAUCUCCGUGAGCUCUGUAUUACGAUUAUGUCACUUUCUUGUGAAAAGGGAUUUCUCAUUGCCUACCACGUGAAUUUCGAGCUGAGGCGUCGCAAGCUAGGGGCCUUCGGUCUAGAUUCUGGCGAUUAUACUCUGCCGCUUCUUGAUACAGAGCCUGACGCUAAUGAGCUACAUCGGCGGGAGCACUUCGGGCGUGUCGCACUUCGGUCGAUGAAGCUCUACCUCAGACUGAUUAAAGAUCCCUUCAGAUCGUGUUACUCAUGGUAUCUUGCCUCUCUGCCGCAGUUUCAUGCUAUGAUUGUCGUGCUGCGGGAUAUUUGCGCUGCACCCGCUCGUGGGUUGGUGGUGCCAGAAGAGAGCUUGCUUAUCGACGCUAAUGGUCAGUCACUCACAGAACCGUCGCCGGACAAUAUGAAUAUGCGGGGAAAAGUGACCGAUGACGAGAGAUUGGCCGUGGUGGAGGAAAUAAGACAGGUAACGGAGUUCCAGCGGCUUCACGAGGCCUCACCGUAUAUAAGGGUGCAGUGGGUGAAAACACUGCGAUUGUUAGAAGUCGCUCGUCAGGCCAAGUUCCUCGCUGUGCAAACCUCUCCUAAAUUGACGUCCGUCGAUGGGGUAUCGCCUUCUGUACCUUCUAUGGGAAAUCCCCAGACUGGCGAUGUUUCAGCAGUAUCGCCGGCGUCGACCGCGAUGUCGUCGAAUGAGCCGAGUACUCUUUCGAUCGAUGGUGCUCCAUCCGGCAGCAGUUUUGUGCCCCAGGCAGUGCACGCGACCCUCAGUGAUGCCGAUAUCAGUUCGCUGCUGCUUUUGAAUACUGAGAAAGGGCUCGCGUCUUUUCUCGGAAAUCUAGCCGAUGAUAAGCAGAUGGCGGAUUCGGGCGCUGUAUUCCCUGAUUCUGGCGGCAGUGGGCAAAACUAUACAACCACGGCGCAAAUAGAUCCCAGUCCGUUGUUUAACCCUAUGGUUUACCACAACAGCAACUUACCAAAUCCUUUCAACGCUGCAGCUGAGACCGUGACCGGUGGCGUUGAAAGAGGAAUGGCGAUGGCGGGAGGGGCAGCACUAGGAACGGCAGAAACAGGAGCGGCGGGUGAAGGAGGACCGACCAAUCAACAGCACUGGGUGCCUUCCGGAUUUGACAUUGACUGGUCACUUUACUCUCAUCCAACAUCGUGAUUCGUCAUAACUGCCUUGCAAAUUUUAAUUUUUGUGUAUUUUUAUUGGUUAACGGUUCGGAGUCAUUGAAAUUAUUGUGAGUUAACUAAUUUGGGUGU